UUUCAUCAUUUUUCUGAAAAACCCUAGAUUCUUCGUUUCCCUCCGCCGCUCCUUUUCGGCUUCCCUUCCCUCCAUUUUUUCAUCAAGUAAAAAUGAAGGUUGUCGCCGCCUAUUUGCUCGCCGUAUUGGGGGGAAAUGUUUCCCCUUCCGCCAAAGACUUGAAGGCUAUUCUCGCAUCAGUUGGGGCCGAGGCUGAAGAUGAUAGGAUAGAGUUGCUAUUGUCUGAAGUUAAAGGAAAAGACAUCACCGAGCUAAUUGCUAGUGGAAGGGAGAAGUUGGCUUCAGUUCCUUCUGGCGGUGGUGCUGUUGCCUCUGCCGCUCCUGUUGCUGGCGGUGGUGGUGCAGCUGCGCCUGCUGCUGAGGCCAAGAAGGAGGAGAAGGUCGAGGAGAAGGAAGAAUCAGAUGAUGAUAUGGGUUUCAGCCUGUUCGACUAAGCGGGUGAAGC